UAUCCUUGCAAAGAGAAAAGCAUAACGUUUACCCCUCCAUCGCUUUUGUAAAAAGUUAAGCCGCUGCUUUAAAAGUGUUGCUCCAUCACUUUAUUCAAUGUUUCUAAAACAAAAGAAAAACCUAAAAGGACUUCCAAAGGCUGAGGAUGCUGUCUGUCAAAUGAAAGAUGAGUCCUCUCAGUGAGGGGGUUUUAUGUUGAAGAGUCUGACACAAUAAUCUCACUCACUCUGCCUGACUUUACACUCUGUGGUUCUGCUCUUACACCGGCUUCUCUCUCGUCCUUUACGCUGUGAGUUCAUUGUUUUUAUCUUUAUAUUGCCUGUUUCAGACAUUUAUCCCUGUGGUACGUGUAACAGAAGGAGAUACUGCGCAUUCUUUACGCAAGGCCGCCAUGCUGAGAGAAGCGGAGAUGCCCUCUGUGGACUCACUUCAUUGAUGGCUGUGAGCUCCCAUCCUAAAGGCCCUACUCUCUGUGAACACUGGAGCGAUUUCCUCAUAUGACAAUGGUCCGGUGAGAUACAAGCUUUACAUCACGGAGGAGGAUUUUCAGCGCCAAAGUCGAGGCUGUGUUUGAAAAAUGAAGAUUUGGAGCACGGAGCAUGUGUUCAGCUACCCAUGGGAGACAGUGAUCAAGGCUGCCAUGAGGAAGUACCCAAACCCCAUGAACCCAAACGUGGUCGGGGUGGACGUACUGGACCGUAAUCUGGAUGAAGAGGGACGCCUGCAUAGCCACAGACUCCUCAGCACAGAGUGGGGACUCCCUGGAAUCGUUCGAGCAAUUUUGGGAACCAGCCAGACGCAGACGUAUGUGAAGGAGCACUCUAUAGUGGAUCCGGAUGAGAAAAAGAUGGAGCUGUGCUCAACAAAUAUCACUCUCACCAACCUGAUCUCAGUGGAUGAGAGGCUUCUCUACAGACCACACCCCGACAACCCUGAGGUUACCGUCCUGACCCAGGAGGCCAUCAUCACAGUAAAGGGAGUGAGCCUAAGCAGUUACCUCGAAGGGAUGAUGGCGAGAAGAAUGUCAGCAAAUGCCAGGAAGGGCUGGGAUGCUAUUGAGUGGAUUAUUCAGAACUCUGAAAGAGAGAACAUACCUCUCUGACAUUUACUAACUCUGGUCUGCACACAGGUCUGAAAACUACCCCUCCCAGCCACACCUCAUUAUCCAACAGGGGAUUCUCAGCAUCUGGAGACCCUCUGCUGAUGGCUCUUUACUGUCUGGGAGGUCUUCCUCUCUCACCUCUGGAGUCCAUGCACUGAACGCUCAGAGACUAUGUGUUGCUGCCAAAGCUGAAUGGAUCUGUUAGAAAUGGAUUUAAAGGUGGUAGGUGAGGCUUGAGGCUAAUAACACAUUAACAGCUUCUCAAAUGAAUGAAAGUAAGAAGGGAACCGUUUUCUCUGUGUUUCUGUGAAACAGCGCUACAGCUGAAAAAAAGCUUGAAUUCAAAGGGUCUCGACAGAGGACUUGCUUAACAUCACGAGACUUCAGCAGUCGGAUUAUAACAUUGCUUCCCUACAUCUCCUUUGCUCUCAUGACAUAUCUCAGCUUGUUUUAAAAGGGAAACAGAGGAGGGCGGGACACAGGAGGUUCAAGCACAUCAUUUUAACAACACAUUGCUCGGUACGAUGAUAAUAUGCAACUGAUUUUCUAACUUUCAUUUAAACUGAUUUACAGUAAGUCUUCUGUAAUGUCAAACACUGGAGACUCCUGCAGCAGGAGUUCAUUCAAAAAGUUGCUUCUGGUGCUUUUAUGUGUUUCUGGAGGCACACACUGUAGCUGACAUGUUUGCAUGAUAGUAGUGAAGGCUGUGUCCGGAAUCAAUUACUAUUCACUGUAUAGUCUUCCCUAUGGGGAGCCUUCUGAUGUGUACUGCAAAAGUCAUUUGAGGAUUAAAUAGUCCACCGACAGUAUCUCACAAUGCACCAUGAAAAGUACUGUACAAACAGUUUUUUAAUAUACACAAGCACUGCUUUAUUUAUUUGUUUAUUUGAUGGCAACAGAGGACAGUAAUGACUAUUACAGUAAAAACAAGAUGUGAACAUACCAGAGGGAGUGAAAAUCAUUUCUAACAUGUAGUCCCUUAUAUAGAUAAGACAAAUAGCAACAAAUAUAAAAGAAAAAAAUACCUUUGGCAAUAUUUUGGCCAAAUAAUAAAACUUAAAAUUGAUAUCAGGACACUUUAAAAAACAUGGGUUGUACAUUUCAUCAAGCUUUGCCCUGAAUGGAAAAAAACAGAGAGUUUAGCACCUUUUAUUUCUCUUUGUAGAGCUCUCUUCACAUCGAGUAUGGAGCUGUGAAUAAGUGAAAGAUUUUGAACACAGCUGCUGAGUAGUGUAGUAGCUGGCUCACCAGCCAGAUUGCUAGCUUUAUAAAAUGAAUGCAGAUUUAGAUAUUUAAGACUUCUAAGACAUUAUGAUUAUCUCAGACAACAGAUGGGAAUGUACCUUUAACAUUGCCUUCGUUUCUGCUGUCCAGGCAACAAUAUAGUGGCAUCUUUCUGUUUGGAAAAUAAGGGCAUUAUUCUCUAACAUAAGGAGGUUCUUACCUGGUAAACGAGGAGGAGGAUGGCGAGUUGAGGUUUUGUUAUCAAUGUGUAUGAAAACACAGAUUGUGUCUCUUUAUCUGCAGAAUUAAAGAUUUAAUUAAUCUUUAAAUGAUGCCUGCAUAUUAUUGCUUUGACAGCUUUAUCAUUCAUGCCUAUAACAUCAGGCUUCAUUUGUUGAAUUUCUCUAUACAAGCUACCUAAAGGCCCUGAAGAGCAGGGCUCCAUGUGUACUGUAUGUGCUAUGCUGCAGUGAGAGAUGCACACAAUUACAAAGAUUUAUGAAUCAUACUUCUUUGUGAAAUGAAUAAUAUUUACAUAAUAUUUAUAUUAAUAUUAUUUAUUUAACAGCAUUGUGUAACCAGCAGUGGAUUAUUACAUCGUUAAUAUCGUCUUACAUGUCAUUCAGAUAUUUGUUGCUUUAAAUAUUUUGUUCUAACUUCAUCUGUUGUCCAACUGCAACAAAUAAAUCUGUUGUUUGAGAAGAG